AUGAUAACAUCAUCAACAUCUCCUAUUAUUAUUCCAAUUUCAUCUGUUAUUCAAGUUCUUGGAAGAAAUUAUGAUGAAUCGAUAUUAUUAACAUCGAAAUAUAAUCAAUCAUUAUUACGUGAUCGACGUCAUCGUAUAUCGGAUGUAUUUGAUGGUCAAACUGGUAUACAACAAAAACGUUCUUCACAUUAUCAUCAAAUCUCGGAUCGUGUCAAUGUAACACGAGCUGAUCAAAUAUGUGUUUAUCCUAGACGAUCAUAUUAUCGUCAGACAAGAUAUAAUCCAUAUUUGUUAACAUCAUUCAAUAAACAAACUAGUAGUAAAAUUGAUUUAAAUGAAACAAAUGAAUCAAUAAAACCAUUUGAAGAAUUUUCCACAGAAAAUUUUACAUCUGAAAUUAAAACUGAACCAUUAUUGAAUACAAAUGAUGAUCAAGUUGUAAUAUUAAAUGAAUCUAUACAAUCAACUAGAAUAAGUAAACGACGAAUGAUUAUGAAUUUUGAUUGUCAAAAUUGUAAUCAAAAAUUUAAAAAUAAAAAUCAAUUGCAAACACAUUUAAUGACUUGUCAAGAUGAAUCGAAACAAAAUGAACAAAUUAAUCGUCGACAUAACUCAAAAAAUGAAUCAUUAUUAGUGUCAUUACUUAAACAAGAAGCAAUGACAGAAAAAACACAACAACAACAAAUUAAAACAAAUCAAAUGUUAUCAAAUAUGUUUACACAACCUAUUGUAACGAUUCAAAGAGAUAAAUUAAUUGAAGAUGCUCUUGCACUUGAUUCAACUAGAAUACAAAUUAAAUUAGAAAAAAAAGAUACAGAUUUUAUUAUUAAAAAACAACGAAACUCAAAAAAAACAACAAAUAAAACUCAGUCUCAAGCUAAACCAUUAUCAUUAAUAACUUGUACAAUGUGUGGUGGAGCAAAUAUGAAUAAUGAUGAACUUAUUCGUUGUUCACAAUGUGAAAAAAGCAUGCAUGCAUAUAAAUGUUUAAAUUUUGAAAAUACUAAUAUUGUUAAAACAAUAAAAACAUAUGCAUGGCAAUGUAUUGACUGUAAAAAAUGUAUUCAAUGUGGAACAGUUGAACAUGAUGAUGAAUUACUUUUUUGUGACUAUUGUGAUCGAGCUUAUCAUAUGGAUUGUUUAAAUCCGCGAUUAAGUGAACCACCACCCGGUGAAUGUUUUAUUGUCGCUGUUGAACUUGGUCAUUCAAAAGUUGAAUUUCCAUUUGUCAGUCGUUCAUCGACUGAUUCACCGGAAUCAUGUAUCUAUUCACAAAUUAUUAAUUUUGCAUCAUUUGUUCUUGUCAUUACUAUUUAUAUUCGUUAUCGUCAAAUUGCUGAACUUAUUCGAAAUAAUCCAACAUGUGGAGUCAAAUAUUCUCAAUCAAAUUUAACUUUUCUUAUUUGUGGCAUAACCAGUGCAUUUAGUAUGAGUAUUAUUUCGAACUUCCCACAUGCUAAUGUAUUUCCUGUUCGAUUAUUUGCAACAUAUUUAACAUUUGUUGCUGGCGUUGGAGCACUCUAUUGUGAAAUGCUUUUAUCAAUAUGGAUUCGACCAUUAUUAUAUUCAAGUCGAAUAUUACCGAUCAUUCGCACUAUACUCACAGCUAUCUGUACUUUGGCACUCAUUGCAUUUAUUGUUUUUCAAACAAUUACAGUGGUUAAAUAUAAUAAUGAACAAAAAUUAUGGACACCAGCAAGUUCUGGUUGGAUAUGUCAUUUAUGUACUAUUAUAUCAGCAUGGAUUUUAACAAGUUUUCUUCUUAUUUAUAUGUUUACAUUAAUAAUUGAUUUUCGUCGUAUCAAAAUAAUUUCACCAAAAAUUUUUCUUACAAAUGAUAUUAUUGAUGAUCAAGAUUAA